AUGGCUCCCCUGUGGGCUACCCAACCUUUUAAAGCAAUAUAUAUUCUGUUAUUUUCAUUAAAGGCUACUCUAUCCUUACCAUUGCUCUUAGCCUGCUAUCUGUUCAAUGUGUGUUUUGGGGGGGCAGUUCUCCGUGCUGCUGUCCGCUAUAUGACAACAACACGUUAUCAAUAUCCAAGGCAGCUAGAAGCAGGAAAGUCGGGAGAAAGAUUCGCAUUAAUCCCACCGCCCGAUUCGACAUUCUUUUCUGGGGCUCUGACUUCUCCAGAUAUCAAACCAGCUCCCGUCGGAGCAAUUUGGCACCCAAGUCCAGUUCGGCAAGGCCAGGGAGAUGGCCAAAAGGUCAUCAUCCAUUUCGCCGGCGGCGCCUUUGUACUCGGUUGGGAUCCAAAUGCGACGGCCAGAGCUUUGUCCGGUUGCCUCACAACAUACUUCAAAACAGCCAAACUCCUUUAUGUGCAAUACCGCCUAGCCGCUCCUGGAACACACUUCCCUGGUCCUCUUCAAGACGCACUAACAGCAUAUAACUACACCCUCAACCUAGGAGUUGCCCCCAAGGAUAUCAUCCUCUGUGGGGAUUCGGCGGGCGGCAAUAUUGCCAUUGCUUUACUACGAUACUUAGAGACGUCUCCGGGGAAGCUUCCUUCGCCAGGUGGCGCUAUAGUGUGGUCUCCAUGGGUUCACGUGACAUCUCAUGCCGGCCAGGACUACAAGAACUCGCGGAAUUCAGACGUUGAUCUCCUAUAUGCGCCCCUACUGGAUUGGGGGGCGAAUGCAUAUAUACCGAAGGGUGAUCUGACCCCGGAAGCACAAGCGUUGAUCUCUCCAUUACAACACCCUUUCAAAACUAAAACGCCUCUGUUCAUACAAGCUGGGACGCACGAAGCAUUUCAUGAUGCGAUACACAGUUUUUCAGAUGAAAUGACAAACGUAGGGGGAAACCGGAUUAGAUUCCACGAGUCGAAUUUCGCCCCACAUGAUAUUCUAUUGAGCAACGAUCUUUUACAUAUGGACACAGAGUUGCAGGCUGCCGUCAAAGAUUCCUAUGCUUUUCUUGGGGACUAG